AUGGCUUCAUAUCAUCGAAUCCUUAAAGUCUUUGGCAGAUCAAUUGAAGAUAAAGCAUUACAAUGUGAUUGUGAUAUACACCCAUGGGAAAUUCUCAUCAACGGAGAUCGCUGGUCCGGUCGACUUCGACUUAUAGGCUUUGUGGAUGUUUUCUUUCUGAUUAGUUACUCGGAGAAUUCGAGAUUCCAUAGGGGGAUAAUUAUCUACAAGGAUGACCAGCACAUAUCGAAACUUCUAGAUACAGUCGGGAAGGAGUUCAAGGACGGAAAACUCAUACCCAAGACCACCUCAUCUGAAGUCGAAUCAUCCAACCCGGACAUAAAUCAAGCUCCAAACCCAACCUACACAACAUUUACUCGUGACUCUGCCGACUAUACGACUUCAUCCAUAGGUCAUCCCAUCAGUCUCUGCACCAAAUACUCUUCUGCAACUCUUCAAACCUAUACCAUACAUCUACGUAAACCUUCCGAUCCACUUCUAAAACAAAAAUACAAAAGGGCACUCAAGGUACAUGAUACAUUGGAUAUGAUACAAGAUGCUGUCAAACUUGGAUUGGUAAGUUACGCGGAAAUUUUGGGUCGGGGGAUAGGGUAUAUCGGUAGAGGAAGUAGUACUUUGGACAUUGGAAAGGGAUUUGUGGGAGGUCUUGGGGCUGGAAAUGAAAGUCCAGGGUGGGUGGGAUUGAGUGGUGAUAGGGGGUAG